UUCUUUUUCGGUUUGCGACGGACAGACUGACGGUAUGCAUUGACAGAAAGGUGACCCACGCAUGCUAUCAAUGAUCCUUCAGUCAGUCGUUCGCAUAUAUAAAGCUCAAGCAUCCUUACAAGAGAGCUAGCUAGCCAAGCCGGGGGCAACACAGGAAGCGAAGCUCGUUAUGUACACACAGAUGUAAGUCGGAAAGCGGUAGAAUGAGAGGCGACGCAGAGGGGGGAGGGAGAGGGAGGGACACAGACAGACACGCACACUCAGACUCAUUUUCGCAGAGAGCCACGCAUCAAGUGUGCGAGAGAGAGUUCACUCAUCGUCACAUCAGCCCAUACACACCGAAAAACCUACGUCGUCAUGGCCUAGCCACACACCAUCUAUCGCAUCCCCUCACCCUCCCUCCCUCUCCCUCUCUCCCUCACUGCUCCUUCUUGUCCUCCCCCUCCCCCUCCCUCGUGUCGGCGUCCCCGCCCUCCUGCACCGCCGCCCGGAUGGGCAUCUCCUCCAGGUAGGCCAGAUAGCAGUACACGGCCAGCACCAUCUGCACCGCCAGCACAGCCGCCGCCCCGGCGUAGGUCAGCCGGGCGUUGGUGCGCACCUCCACCCACCCCUGGCUCAUGAUGUACAGGGCGGCGUAGAAGACGCCCACGGGGAUCAGGAAGAGCACGAUGGACGUCAGCCAGAAGCGCAGGCUGACGUCGCGGUUGUCGGGGUUGAGCAGGAGCUGCGCGAAGGAGUACUUGACCCGAGGCUGCUCCUUGCCGGGUGGCGCCUUGGCUGCCGUGCUGCCCUCCUUGUCGGGGCUGUCCGUGGCUGCCGCAGAUGCUGAACUCGCCAUGGUCGAACGAGAUCUUCCUUGAC